CUGGCGUCGGGGGCGGGGGGGAGGCGGCGGCAGCGGUGAAGGCCCGGCUGCUCCUGGCCGCUGCCGGCCACCCAUGCACCAGCUGCUCUCCGCCGGUGGCGAGGCCAGUUCAGGAGCGGCUCUGUGUCCUGCAGGCUGCUGUAUUGCUGAAAUCCACAUCUAGUUCACCCAGUCUUCCAGACCGUGGGCUCCAUGCUUUGAGACCAGGGGGACCUUGGUGUUCUGAAAUGAAGAUGGAGGCAGUAGGAAAAACAGAAGAACUUGUUGAUUCAGAAGUUCCACCAAAGACUUCUGAAAAGCAAGAGACUGCACCUGAUGAAGUCAGACCUAUAGAACUGGAGGCACAAACUCAGAAAGAUAAUGUGCCCGCCGUAGCAGACUCUGCGGUGCUCUCUUCAAUGCCUUGCUUACUGAUGGAACUGAGGCGAGACUCCUCGGAGUCUCAGCUAGCAUCUACAGAGAGCGAUAAGCCAACGGGUAGUCAAGUUUACGAGAGUGACUCUUCCAAUCAUUGCAUGCUUUCCCCUUCUUCCAGUGGGCAUUUGGCUGACUCAGAUACAUUGUCUUCCACAGAAGAGAAUGAGCCCUGUCAAGCUGAAGCUGCUGUAGAGGGAGACCCUUCUGCUGUGUCUGGGGCUGCAGUUGGGAGGAAAUCCAGGCGAUCCAGGUCCGAAAGUGAAACUUCAACAAUGGCUGCCAAGAAAAACCGACAGUCUAGUGAUAAGCAGAAUGGUCGAGUUACCAAGGUAAAAGGUCAUCGAAGCCAAAAGCACAAAGAAAGAAUCCGGCUGUUAAGACAGAAACGGGAGGCAGCUGCUCGCAAGAAGUACAACCUGCUGCAGGACAGCAGUACCAGUGAUAGUGACCUGACGUGUGACUCGAGCACGAGUUCAUCGGAUGAUGAUGAAGAGGUUUCAGGGAGCAGCAAGACAAUCACUGCAGAGAUACCAGCUGGCUUCAGUCGUGCUGGGGGAUCUGGAGGAGCGACCAGGGAAAUUCCAGGAUUGCUUGACAGGGGCACCGUGUGGGAUAGGAACUGCAUAGGCAAUGUCCUGGAAGAGGCCAUGAACUGCUUUGCCGAGAUGCAGAGGCAGACAGAGGAGAAAUUUCGCAUGUGGAUAGAAAAGCUAACCCGUCUUGACACAGAUGAAGAAAGCAAGCAACAACUGGAGCCCAGGGAACCUAAAAUUCAACUAGUUGGCCAAAGAAUUCCCCCUACCACACAGUCAGGGGCUUUCAUACAGAUGCCUGAUAGCCAAGUACUUCCACAGCAGUCGUUUAAUUCUUACGUGGGCUAUCAAAAUGUUGAUGCUACGCUAGAGUUUCCAGCGACUUUUAAUAACAAUUUUCCACCUAUCUUUCCAGAGAAUGGGAAUAUUGCAGAGCCUGAUCUGAAUCAAUCAUAAACUUAAAAUCUGAUCUUUGCAAUCUUGAUGUUACUUUGGAUAUGCUGAAAACAAGGUUUGCUUUUCUCUUCUCUUCGUAUGUUUUGUUUUUCUCCUUUGGGCUUUAUUAACAUGGUAUUUUUUUAAUUUAUAGAGAAUUUGUGUAGUUUAAAAAAAACCCCACAGUAUUCCCAUGUGCAUGUGCCAGCACACAUGUACAAGUACCUCUAAAGGUGUGUGUGUGGGACACACCACCCUAAGCUUUCAUCACCAAACUUGGGAGAAUAUAACUUAGAAUCCUUGUUUAGGUACCCCAAAAUCAGUAGAGCUAUGUUUGUUACAAUAGGAGUGUUCAGAGUAUUGACCCAAAUGCUCUUUUGCAUGUUUAAACAUUUAUAUAAGGAAAUAAGUUUUAUAUUUAAAGAUGUAAAGUACCCUAGAGAAUCAGACUAGAUACAGACACAUAACAUUUCUCUAUGUGUUUUCUCCCAAGUUUUGCAGCUUGAACAAGUCACACAUUAGCUGCUGCUUCUUCCUUUUUAGGUAGAAGUAAUAAAUAAGUUUACCCUAAAGAUUUAGCUAAAUAUAACAAAUGUGCACAACUGAUUUUCUUUGUCUCCUAUUGAGUAGUUCAUUUUAUGUCCAGAGUUUUUAUUAAUGUCACUGCUGUGUUGCACAUGGCAUAUUUAUGGAAGCAGCUAUCUUAUGUUGUGUGCACAAAUACACACAUAUAUACGUAUAUGUGUGUUCGGUUUGGGUGGAAGUCAUCUCCUCUAAUUUUAGGUGUCUUGUUUGCUGUGCUCUGGGUCUCCUUUGGAGUCAAUGGGGAGAGAUAAGUACCUACAGAGGAUACCUCCUGGCAGCGUCUUUCUCUUCAGUUACUUUUCUAAACCUCCCUUAAACAGCUCAGAAUAGAUAACUUUUGGCUAAAGUUAGGUGAGAUGAAUCACACCCAGCUGCGUGUGCAUGCAUGACCCAUGCGCACAAAGCACUGCUGCUUCCUUCUGUAUAUAUGACCAAACUGCAUCCUUCAUGCUGGAAUAAAAAUAGUCGUGUCAGUCCUAAGAUAAGCAGCUGUCAGUGGAUGGAUUGAGUCUUGGCACAGGAAUUUAAAGGAAGGCUUGACAGUCAGAUUAGUAAACACCGUGGUGGUCUGAAGGUACCGGUUGUUGAUCUGGGUGAGACAGCAAGAGCCUCUUCUGAACCAUGUCUGAAUGCCACUGAAAUCAUUAUUUACUAGUGACGGGGAAUGCCAGAACAUUAGUUGCAUUAAAAUAAUACAAUAACUUGCUAUUGUGUGGAUUUUUUUAUACUGAUAGUUAUCCUGAAUAGGCAGGCUUGAAACUGUGAUGUUUAAAGUAGGAUUAAUUUAAAGUGUAUAUUAGAAAUCUCUAUUUAAUUCUUACAAUUAUCACUAGACACAGGGAUUUUUGAUCAUCUCUCCAUUAAGGCCUUUCUUCAUCUGAAGUAACUUCUCCGUAGCUACCAAAAAUGUAUAUUUAUCAGAAGUUAGAACUUUCUAAAAGUUUCUAAUUAAAAUUCUAAUAAUGGAAAUUUUGGAAUAAUGGAAUAUUUCUAAUAAUGGAAAUAAUGUCUUUGCAUAGACAUAGUUUAAGUAAAGAGAACACUGUAGGUCUCCUUUAGCUGUUAUUUUGCUUUUUAAACCACAGUCACUUUUGUUGCUAAUUAUUUUAGCGUAAUUCCUUUUCUUCCUGUUGGAGGUACCCACUAUAUCUUCUGUUGGUCUGAUUUUUUUUUUUCCUCUCCUUGAAGUUAGUAGGAGUUUUUUCAUCAAUUUAAUUGGAAGUUCGGAUAAAACCUGUAACAGGAGCUCAAGAAAUGCUUUUUAUUAUCAGUGUGAUAAAAGCACUGCUGUUUCAACUUUAUUCUUGGUCCAGGACUCCUUUUUUUUUUAAAGUAUGUGAUGCCUUCAUUACAGGAAAAAAUGAGGUUAGAGAGUCUUCAGAGUAACUGUUUGAGAGACUAUGCAGGAGAUAAUUUUUAAGUACUGGAAUAAAUUCUUUACAGAUCAUCUUCAUGCAUAAUUUUGAUACAAAGAUUUUGAUACGAACCUGUAAGAAAACUCCCUCGUCUGACAUUGUGUGCAUUUUUAACUUAACUAUGGGUAAAAGUUAAAUGAGUUAUUUUGUUUAAUUGUAGUUAAACAAACUUGUCUUCAUCUGUUUAAAAUUUAAGAUCCUUCAGGGAAGAUUAUUUGCUGAUAUUAAAAAAAAUUGGAACCUUCUGGUGUUCAUAGAAUUUAUAUAUAUAUAUAUUAAAACUUUAUGACAAUGAUAAGAGCAGCAUAUUUUAAAGCAUGACAACCUUACAAGUCUUCCCAUGCAUGCAGAAGCAGCUUUUUGCAGUGACUGGUUUCUUUUAAUGUGCAAGAGUCACUUAACUCAGUAUAUCUGUAAGCAUGCCCUUAACCUUUCUUAUAAAGUAGUAUAUAUGGAGCGAUUAGGUAUUUCAGAACAAAUUGUAUAAGGACAUCAGUCGAACUUACUUAUCUCUCAGACUGAAACAGACUUUUACAUGCUGAUCUUGUAAACAGAUGAUAACUUUGUUAGGGAUGCAGCCAGUGAAAUUUACGUGAACUUUUGAUGUCUUGGUUAGGUAAACUUGUUCAAAAAAAACCAAAAAAGGAUAUAACUCAGUGUAUUAAUAGAUACAAAAUUGGAUUUGGUUACUAUAGACAAAAAUGAAAAACUGUCACAUUUUUAUCCAUUUAUGGUAAUUGUUUUUUUCCCCAAUGCAAAUAGCUGUGAAUGUGAAAGAACAAGCAGAGGAUUGUAGCAGUUGAGCAUACAGACAUUAAAGCUGUAUUCUUUCUAGAAUAAAAUUAUUCCAAGGCACCCAGAAGGCUGUGGGAAUAAUUCACAUUAGAUGUAAUUUUUACCUAAUUUCCCCACAAAUGCUACCUGGUGUUAAGAACACCUGUGCAAGACCAGCGGUUGUAAAUGGUAAAUAUUAUUUUGUUUGGUUGCUCUGAAGCUGAAAACUUGCCUCAAACCUGUCAUAAAUCAGGUCCUUUGAAAUGAAGAAAGUGCGUUGAUUUACACAGUUGAGUAUCUGGUCCAUUAGGUUGUUUUAUAUGUGAAGUAUGUUUCUCUAGGAGCUGAGAGGGGACCCCCACCCCUCUGUUGUUCAGGUGUAGUAUAACCUACCUGAUGAAGGAUUUGGCAUGCUUUGCAAUUAAACAGGAGCAUCUCUCUUGCUUUGUAUCAUGAAUUUGAAAGAUGCAGGGCACUGAAGAAACCAGCCUUCAGAUACCAAUACUAGUGAUGAGUCUGUAUUUUAAAUGUGUGUGCGGCAGCCUUUGGCAUCUCUUGGAGAAAACAGAUUCCUAAUACGUAACUUCAGGUUUUGUUUUUCUUCUGGAAAUAUUAUUGCUAUAUUUUAUGGCUGCAGUUAAGUUUGUAAUGAUUUCCACUCUAAGCUCUUAUUUUCCAAGGGCUUUUACUAGAACUUUUCAGGGAGUUAAAAUUUCUUCAGCUGAAAUUUUAACAUAAAUUUUAAUCUCAUCUAUUCUAUAUUUCAUUAAAGCAGUCUGGCCUUAUUUAAGACUAUUUUAAGAUUAUCAGAAGGAAACUCUUGUACUUUCCAACCCAGAGUUACAUUUUGAGUGUGUGUUUAUGCUCACAUCUCAACAAAUUACUUCAAAACCAUCAAAUCUAACAAGUAGAGGAUAAAUCAGUAGGAGUUUUGCACAGAUGUGGAGAAUCACAGAUGAUACUUUAGAGUUACUGUAAUCGCCCUAAGUGUUAUAGUUGAGAAUGGAGUAAAGAAGCAUUCUAGUUUCUUUAAAGAAUUUUACUUACCUUAUGGUUUAAAAGAGUAAAUGCAUCAAGUCGGGAUCAGCUGGUGUAGACUGGUGUCAUUCCAGGGAAGAUGCGGUCAGUUUAAACCGAACUGGCUUAUCCAAGUAGCUAUAUUGUAAUUUUUAAUAUCAAAUUAUAUGUUUUCAAUGUGACAGCUGUUUGCAUGGGAGCAGUUGAACACCCGUGUGACUGCAGAGGUGGGAUUUAGUAGCAGGUGAACACAGCUACUUUGUUAGCAUUUUUUUGUGCAAGUGCAAAAGAAGUAUUUCUACAAAGGCUCAAUUUAAAUGUCACUAAAUGUCAAACUGACAGUUCAGUAAAUGAAAAAUAAAAGGACCUGCUCCAUGAACUGGACUGUAUGUGGAGUCCUUGGAAGUCCAGGGACUUUAGUGUGGACUGUUUUUGAAGGCUUGGCUGCAGGUUCUUCCCCAGGCCUCUGUGCUGCUUCCCUCCCUCGAGCGGGGUUUGGUAAGGAAGGUCUGUAGGAAAGUCCACCCUUCACACUUCGUUUUAUCUGAGGGUUUGGGGUUUUGCUUCACAUGUUUUCAGGUUUUAUUUAGGUUAAAAAAAAGCUAAUAUAAAUAUAAAAAAAUUCAGGUAAAGGCAGUGAAACUUUUUUCAGUGUUUCUAUUGCAGAAAAUAUCUGAGCAGGGGAAGAAAAAAGAAAAAUCUUAAACCUUGCAGAUAUAUUGCUCCUCAGUGUUAUUUUUAACAGUAUUAGGACAAAAUAAUGCAGGCAGAAAUCUACAUCUCUUUUAAGUUCAGCGUCUUUUAGUGUUUUUGCAGGAUUGUUAGGUUAUUUUAUCUGAGCUGCUAGAGUUAAGACUGGAGGACCAAUCGUAGCUUCAAUGGAACGGGCUUAUAUUUGGCAGUUGUUUUACGAACUGAAACAUGUUCAUUAUCACUGAUUUCUCUUGUUAAUAUAUUUUGUCUCUUCCUGUAUCCACAUACUGUAAAUCUCUUUAGUAAUGUUUCAAGGGCAUUAAGAAAUUAAAUCCUAGCCCUAUUAAAACCAGUAGAAAUUUUCUACUAAUUUCAGUGGGGCUAGGAUUUCACCUCAAAAGAAAUUGAAUUUAUUCUGCAGUUUCUGGUCAGAGAAUCCUUCAGCUGACGUUAAGGGGAGUCUUUGAGUGUGUGUACAUCAGGCCAGCUGAGUAGAUGUUUUUAAAGUAAUCAAGGUCUGCAGUUAUAUUUGGAAGUAUUAAAACAAAUGCGCUGUGUAAUUUGUACUGUAGAAGCUAAAACAUUCAGGCUGAUUGAUAGAGAUGGACAGUACCUUGCAAAACAUGCAGCUAGAAACCAGCCUUUCUCACAAAUUUUAUUAGUCUUAGAGUGUUAGAUCAGCAAAAUGAAGGCACAUGGAAAAUAGGCUUAUUAAGUUAGAAGUGAUUUCAAGUGCUCUGUUAAAUCUCGCAGGGGGUUAGUCUGGACCGUCAAAAGUUUUGCAUUGAGGCUGCGCUGGUCCUUCCAUGGGAAGGUGCAGUUUGUACUUGCAGAAGUGUGAUGUUUUCUGGAAGGGUGUGCGUGGGGUGCGUGUUUGCCUGCCUUUUCCUAAUGUACAUUUUAUUUACAUAGGGAUUUUUUUUUUAAACUGUCAUAGGUAUGUAAGAGUAGGGUGUGAUUGUUUCCAAACCCCUCCUGAUAACGCUUUUGCAAGUAAAACUGGGGAAUAGAUCUGGCUAAUAUAUCUGCUUCCAUAAUUAAUGAAUCAUUAGGUGGCAUCAGGGAAAAUAAAUCCUAUAAUGAGAUAUAAAGUGCAUGCCACUUCCUGAUAUUUUCAAUAUGCAGCCAAGUUCCAUGUGCCUUUGCUUAAUGCACAAUGAAAAUACUUUAUUAUGUCUUUAUAUAUAAUUUGAUAAAACAAAUCCAAGUUAUUUUCCAUCUAGUCAUCAAAGAGCCUGAAAGAAUGAAUGUUGAUCAGCAAGACUUGAAUUUUUGAGAUCUCUUUUGAUGUGAUAUAUUAAAAGCGGUCCAGUCUGAGAACAGAUACUCAUUUGAUCAUGUCGUUUUGAUUUUAUUAUUUCAGUAUUAUGGUAAAACAAAAAACAAACACAAAAGCUUUUACUGUGUGAAAUGAAGGAAAAUGUGAGGAAAGUGGUUUCAUCAAUAACUUUUUGUUCACUUUAUGGUUUUUAGAGAGAAUGUUAUGUUACUAUUGUUUUUUAUUGUAUUUACAAUGUAUUCUUUGCCUAACCCUGUAAAUUUUGAAAUGUAACUACUGUAACCUGGAAUAAAUAAAUAUAAACAGUAA